UCCUAGGCUCAUGACAAACAUUUAGAGUGUUUCUUCAUCACAACAACAGAUUGUAAAACGCCAGUUGGCCUUGAGGAUCGAAGAAUCACCAACAAGCAGAUGUCUGCAUCUUCCCACUGGAAUAACCAUUAUGCCUUCAACGCUCGUCUUAACAAUAAGGCAGGGAAUCAUGGCGGCCAAUUUAACUGGGGAGGGUGGUGCACCGAUAAAGAGGAUAAGAACCAGUAUCUACAGGUUGAUCUGGGUCGGGUGCGGUCCGUGUCUGGUGUAGCAACUCAGGGCUACAUGGCGGAAAUGUAUGUAUCAAAGUAUCACUUGAAUUACAGUACAGAUGGACUUACGUGGCGCUCCUACAGAGAGAGGGGAGAAAGCAGAAGCAAGGUUUUCCAAGGCAACUUUGACAACGAAACAGUGAUAAAGAGGUUCCUUUCUCACAGGAUAUUUGCCCGUUACAUCCGCUUCAAUCCUUUAGCUUGGAACGAAGGGGGCUUUAUCUGUCUGCGGGUUGAGGUUUACGAGUGUCUUCCUACUAAAGGGAGCGUACCGGAAGUCAAUCCGCCAAGUGAGACAGUGGAACUCAAUCGCACCAGUUCUGUCAAUCUGACGUGCCUGGUUACCGGUCAGCCUGGUGCUCACAUGGAAUGGUAUCAAAACGGACUUGUGAUCCCCUCCCCACCCCCAGCCGGGGUCUUUAGUAACGGAAGUGUGAAGAGCGUGUUGACGUUAUCUCGUGUCAAGUACAAAGACCGAGGUUCUGUGUUGUCUUGCACGGCCUGGUACCCAGGAUUGCCAAUCAACGCGACACGGAACAUUCAUCUUCUUGUUCAUGCUCCUCGCCCAGAAGUGGUUAUCAGAGACGUCCAGUCCAGGACUCUACUUAUCCUAGUUAAAGACCCCACACCAACAGACACAGCUAAGUACCUUGUGCGCUACAGAAAACGCUCAGCUUACUGGGACUGGUUACAGGUGGAGCGAAACAAGACCAGCAGAGGUGAUGAUAUUAUGAUCACUUUAGACGGACUGCAUCCGUACACCACCUAUGUUGUAGAAGUGGCGUCUCACUACACUGAUGAUGACGAGGGACCAUUUAGUAUGCCACAUUCUUUUGAGACAAAAGAAGCAGCCCCUAGCGGUCCACCCCGUGAUGUGGUCAUCAUACCACGUGGUAAAAGCGACAUUAGAGUGUCAUGGUUCAUCCCGAGCGCUGAGCACAGUAAUGGAAAAAUCGCCAGUUAUGAAGUUAUCUUAUACAAACCUAACGGGGAAGUGGACACUUUCCAAAGCAAAGAGAAACUUUCACAGGACAUCAAGGGCCUGGAAAUAAAUCAGAAGUACUACAUUGGCGUGCGAGCCUAUACAAGAGUAGGACCUGGGCCCUAUAGCAAGAACAUAACUUACUCAAUAGAGGAAAGCAGCGAAGGUUCGAAAAUAACACGCGCUUUGGAGAAACUGAAUAAAGUUCCAGUAACGGAUGCCAACGCUGCUAAAGUUAUGAAAGAAGUUAAAAAUAUUACAGCCAAGUCUUCCGACUUGCAAGAAAAAGACAUUUCUAUUACAGCAAACAUUCUCCAAAAUGUUGUCAAGACAAACCGGACGUCAUCCGAUGUCGGUGAUCACGUGUUGGAUACCAUAAGUCACGUGAUGGAUGCGAAGACAGACGUGUUGCAGAAAACGCGAUACAAGUACAACACAUCUGCCAAAUUUGUGAAGCUUCUUGACGAAUACAUCGAUAAAGGCGGGCAAUUUAGCAGAAGUACACGCAAUCUGGCUGUUCACGAGCAACUCAUCAAAGGAAACAGUAAUGGGGUUAGCUUGUCAGUUCAAACCACUCAAAACAGUAUCGGGUUUAACGCAAGUACAAACGCUUCUCGUGGAGAGAACUCGGAAAACGAAGCCAGUGUGACUGUACCCAAUUCUGCUCUGAAGACAGAAGAAAACGCGACUCUGAUUGUGGUGUACUAUCGCACAAGCAAACUAUUUUCUCCUCGAUAUUCCCCUGAACGCAAGACGGAGGUAUGCGAGGAUGGUUUUACUGCCGAGAAGGUGUCCAAAUUCCAGCGGAAAGCGUCACGUUAUACCAUGGAAAACUCCACCGGAGAUGUCAUCACAGAGAGCAGCCCAGUCCUGGCGGCGAGUUUGAGGAAAAGACACGUGUUUAACCUGACCUCGCCCGUCAUUAUCAAGUUUAAAAUGCCCCACGAACAGAUCAUCGAAAAAAGCACUAGAUGUGUCUGGUGGGAUUUCAAGAAAGAUGGAUGGUCUACUGCGGGUUGUUCACUUCGAGGAAUAGUUAAUGACACCGUCAUUUGCUAUUGUGAUCACAUGACUAACUUUGCAGUCCUGGUGGAUGUAGAAGCUCACACUUCGAAGGCUUGCGGCAAACACUCCAUGGUAUUGUCACUCAUCAGUUACUUCGGAUGCGUCUUGUCUAUUUUGGGAUUGUCGCUUACCAUAUUUACCUUUUCGUUUUUCAAGAAGCUUCGAAAGGAUCAAAUCGCAGCUAAGAUUCUGCUUCAUCUGUGUGUCUCGCUCCUGUGUGUGCUAAUCGUGUUUGUCGCGGGGGUGGAGAGGGGCGGGAUGGCAGAGGACGCCUGCCGGGUCGUAGCAGCCCUAAUUCAUUACUUUUUGUUGGUGGCGUUUCUGUGGAUGCUGAUUGAGGCGUAUUUCAUGUACCAAGCAUUUGUUAAAGUAUUCAGAGACUUUGGGGAUUACGUUAUAUGGAAGUGUUCUGCGCUGGCCUGGGGAGUGCCUCUCCUCGUGGUUCUCAUAAAUCUUGGCGUGGAUAAGAGUAGCUAUGGUGGAGAAAACUACUGUCGUAUCGGGGACGUUGCAUUCUUUGCCGCUUUCAUGACCCCUGUGGCGUUUGUUAUUUUCGUCAAUACCUUAACUUUCCUAUUAAUCAUGUAUAAACUGGCCACAAGACCACCGAACGCCGCCGACCCAGAUCGCACUAGUCAAGGACUUCUGAAAAUCAAAAGAGCAUUUGGAAUUCUUAUUUUAGUCGGUAUCACUUGGAUGUUUGGAUUUUUUGCUGUUAGGGAAGCCCGUCUUGUCUUCCAGUAUCUUUUUGCGAUCUUCAACAGUCUUCAAGGCUUUGCUAUCUUCUUGUUUUAUUGCGUGAUCCAGAAGAAAGUCCGUGAGUGUUGGUGGGCGCUGCUUACGUGUAAUCUGGGCAGUCUAAAGAAGUCGAAAUCUUUAUACACGGACUCGUACGAUCGUCGGAGGCUGUCAUCCGCCAGUAGGGUUCAGCUUGAUGCUAUGAGGGCCAGGAGUAACACAGCAUUGUCUCAAGUCCUUCAAAUGCCAUUACGGAAAGUUAGCAGUUUCCCAGAUGUAAUCGUGUCGAAAGGUUCUGCGAAUAACGUAAAUUACCAUAGCAACAUGGUUUACGAAGACGAGCGAACGCAGCUUCCAAUUGUAGCCAUUGAACCAAGCGAUUAUCAACUGAGUGGAAGUGAAGGAAUAGAAAUUGACGAGUCCAUGGACGAACUUUCAUCUCGUUCUGCUUCCAGAUCACCCAGUCUGCAAUCACGCUCGAUUACUGUCACGCAGUGUGGUGAGCCUGUCACGCAUUCUCGUGCUCCCAGCAUCCGUAGUUGCCAGCUCACUGUGAACUCUGAGCAUACGACACCAAAAUUAUUCCGGCUACCAGUAAAACGUAUAAAUAGUCAGCGAUCAGUGGGAGCUCUGAUUUGGCCAAGGGAAUGUAUGCGUGCGAAGGAAACUCUUAAAAGGACUGCGUCACACACUCCUGAGGUUCAGAGACCAGCGAACCCUAGCUCCUCUCUAAGAAGAACUAGGUCUGCAUGUUCAUUCGAUGACGCUCGAUUUAGCGCAGAGUUUAGUAUAUGCAGCGAUCAGACUUCAUGCGAAACGUUGAGUUCAGAAGCUCAAACACCCACAGUCAAGAAGUACCUUGCAACACCGUUUGAAAACCUCGGUACGCAAAUUAUUGGACCGCAAAGAGGUUCAAUAAGAGGAAUUGUGGGAUAUGUUGAAACAACUGUAGAGAAUUUCGACCUUCUGAUUGACUUGGAGAAGAAAAGGUCACUUUCAUCUCCUGAGCAUUCAAUUCAUCACGUGUGAUACUAGUAGUGGAGCUCUAACCUCCUCAAUAGACAGCAUUGGGCCGUGCCAUUAUUUUGUUAACUUUGGAAACGAGUUGACGAUGUUGAGUUUAAUCUUUGGCACGUGACGUUACAUAGCGCUGCGUGACAAUUCAGGCAUUGGUUGAGAUUCACGAUUAGCUGGUCACGCAACAGAGAUGGCGAUUACUAGUUUGAUCCUGUUUUUAGGAACGCAUCUCUUGAAUCGCCUUAUAGAAUCUUCUUUGUCAACUGGCUGACAAUUAAUUAACGGUUGCCAGGGAGUUACUAGUGUAUCAUUGUCACGAAACAUUGCACAAUGGACAUUAGACACAUUCACGAGUUUGAAAAUAGUGCAGAGAACGUUUUGCUGGCAGAUGGGUACCUACGGCUGCUAAAGAUAAUGGUGUAUCACUAUUGAGCGGCCUGAAUCAGUUUUUUUUUUUUUUUUUUUCGAGUGCCCUAACCAAGAAAGAAAUAGAAUGCGUUUAUGACUUCUAAGCCUGUGCUUGUAAAUAUUAAAUUAAUGUAAGCUAUGCCUGACUCACCUGCGUUGGUUUAAGCUGGGAAGACAGUUGUUUUACUCAAUUGGAAUAACUGUUGGGAAUAAAGAAAUUACUUCUCGCUC